AUGCGUUUAACACCCUUUAUUCUCCUGGGCCUGGGCCUGGGAGUUAUAGGUGACUCUUCAACUAUAACUAGUACCUCAUCUUCAUCAGUCUCUGCCAGCUCAUCAUCUGCCUCUCCCAGCUCCAGCUCUAUCAGCUCCUCAUCUGAAUCUGCUAGCUCGAGCUCUGUUAGCUCCAGCUCCAUCAGCUCCUCUUCGGCUUCAGCAUCUGCUAGCUCCAGCUCUGCUAGCUCCUCUUCAGCAUCUGCAUCUACUAGCUCCAGCUCUAUUAGCUCUAGCUCUGUGAGCUCCUCAUCUGCCUCUCCCAGCUCUAGCUCUAUUAGCUCCUCAUCUGCCUCUCCCAGCUCCAGCUCUGCUAGCUCUAGCUCUGUGAGCUCCUCAUCUGCCUCUCCCAGCUCCAGCUCUGCUAGCUCCUCUUCAGCAUCUGCAUCCGCUAGCUCCAGCUCUCCCAGCUCUAGCUCUAUUAGUUCUUCAUCAGCAUCUGCUAGCUCCAGCUCUAUUAGCUCUAGCUCUAUUAGCUCUUCUUCUGUCAGCUCUUCUCCUGCCAGCUCCUCAUCCGCUAGCUCCUCAUCUGUCAGCUCCUCGUCUGCUUCUCACAGCUCCAGCUCUGUCAGCUCUACUUCCGCCAGCUCGACACCUUCAGCUAGCUCCUCAUCUGCCUCUAUCAGCUCCUCAUCUGCCAGCUUGACACCCUCAGCUAGCUCCUCUUCCGGCUCCUUAUCUGCUUCUGCCAGCUCUGCCUCUACUAGCUCCUCUUCUGCCAGUUCUAGCGGCAUUAGUACAUCGGCUUCUAGCUCUUCUGUUCCUACCAGCUCUAGCGCCUCUAUCAGCUCUUCUGCCAGCUUAGCAUCUUCGGCUAGCUCUAGUGGUAUCAGUUCAUCGGCUUCUAUCUCCGGUGCCUCUACCAGCUCUGAGGCUCCCAUUAGCUCUGAGGUGUCUACUAGCUCUGGUGUUCCUGCUAGCUCUGUUACCCCUGCCAGCUCUGAUAUCUCUACCAGCUCUGAGGCUCCCGUCAGCUCUGAUGUCUCUACUAGCUCUGAUGUCUCUACCAGCUCUGAGGCUCCCGUCAGCUCUGAUGUCUCUACCAGCUCUGGUGCUCCUGCUAGCUCUGGUGUUCCCGUCAGCUCUGAUAUCUCUACUAGCUCUAGUGCCCUGGCCUCGAGCUCUGCCCCUGCUCCUCAGUCUACAAGCUUCUCUACCUCUACCACCUCUACAUCUGUCACCACCACCUCGGCAUCCAUUAUUAGCUCUCAAUCUGUAUCCCUUGACUCAGGUGUUUCCUAUGGACAAGGUGCUUCACCCCAGACAGACUCCAAUGGUAACGUUGUCGCCGUUGACUUGGUAGCUGGCGCGAACGGUGAGGCGACAUUCGAUGUCGCCGUUCAAGCCUCCUCUUCCCCCAGUGGCAGCUCCACAACCCUCACAUUCGAAUACACUGUCAGCGCUUUCAAACGCUUGCGUGCCAAGCGCGCCUUCGAGGGCUGCACUCUGACCAUCACAGUUGACGGCAAUGUGGUUUACUCCGGACCUGUUGCGUCGACACCUGCUACUUACAGCGAGGCUAGUCAGCCGUUUGUCGCGGAAAGUAACCCGAACAUUAAGUUUACACAGACUUGCGGUACUAGUCCCGUAAAUCUGGCUGUUAAGGACCUUGCCCUUGUCACUGCUGCGGUUCCUAUCGCUACGACUGGUUCUGUCGACGUAACUCAGACUGCAAGCCAGACAUCUGCCGAAUCUGUUACUGAGACUGUUACCGAGUCUGCUUCAGAGUCUGCUACCGAGUCUGCUACUGAUUCGGGUUCUGCUACCGAGUCUGUUACAGAGUCUGCUUCUGAGUCUGCUUCUGAGUCUGCUACUGAGUCUGCUACUGAGUUUCCUACUAGCUCUGCUACAGGCUCCGUUGCCGAGUCUGCUACCGAGUCUGUUACUGAGUCGGCCACUGGUUCUGCUACUGAAACUGCUACUGAGUCGGCUACCGAGUCGGUUACAGAGUCUGCUACCGAGUCUGCUACCGAGUCUGCUACUGGUUCUGCUACUGAGUCUGCCAGUCUUACUACUGAGUCCGCUACUGGUCUUACUACUGGUUCUACCACUGGCUCUGUUACUGGUUCCAUCACCCAUUCGACUUCUGCUUCCUCUAGCUCUGCCAGCAGCGUGGUCAACCCCCUUGCGGUUGGAGACUUUACUCUCUUCGGCUGUGCCCGCUCUUCUGCUGGUUUUCCUACCUUUGAGCUCGCUAGUUCCAGCGAUUCCAUGGACCUUAAUGUUUGUGCCUCCCUGUGCUCUGACAAGGCCUACUUUGGUGUUUACAACACUGACUGCUACUGUGGUGAGGAAGUUAGCUCCUCAAGCGUUACCCGUGUUGCCAUUGAUCUUUGCGACACCAAGUGCCCUGGCGAUGACUCUGAGUUCUGCGGUGGUAAAGCUGCUUCCAGCCGUAUUAUGCGCCGUGCGAUCCCGAGCAACAUCCUCCUCACUGUCUACGUUCACGCUGCUGCUAGCACGGUCACUAAGUUGGCUACCAUCACUGCGACUGUCUCAGGCACCACCACUAUCACCACUGAGGUCACCAAGACCAUUCCUGGCCCCAACCCUACCACCACUGUCAUUGAGGAGAUCUACAUCUGCAUCAAUGGCAAGUGCACUGCCGAGUCUAACUCUGGCUCUCGUGUUGUCUACGUCAUGAUUGAGGCUAAUGGCGCUGACUGUGAUAAUGAGUGGGUGUAUAUCUCUUCCGCUUGCUCAUGCCAGGGUGGACAGGAGUAUACCGCUAUCUUCUGCUCUGGUGGCAGCUGCAUUGGCGAGACUGUCUAUAAGGCAUCUGAGUGCCAUGACUGGUAUAACUACGAGAACUUCUUUAUCCCUGCUGACUGCGGCUGCGGCAAGCAGGGUGAAGCCGCCAUCAAGUUCAUUCCUUGGGAGAAUAAGUGGGGUACUCCCGAGGAGUGCAACGAGCAAGAGAUCCCUGUCUGCUCUGAGUGUACCUACGCAACACACUACGCCACAGGCAACAGCACCGCCUCUGGUUCCAAUGGCAGCUCUGGCUCUGGUAGCGGUACCUCUGGUUCAGGCAGUUCCGGUUCUGGCAGCUCUGGAAGUGGUAGCUCUGGAAGUGGUAGCUCUGGUUCUGGCAGCUCAGGAUCUGGCAGUCCCGGUUCUGGAAGCGGUAGCUCUGGUUCAGGCACUUCCGGUUCUGGCAGUCCCGGUUCUGGUUCUGGUAGCUCUGGUCCUGGAAGCUCUGGUCCUGGCAGCUCCGGUUCAGGCAGCUCCGGUUCAGGUAGCUCCGGUUCUGGCAGCUCUGGAAGUGGUAGCUCUGGAAGUGGUAGCUCUGGUUCUGGCAGCUCAGGAUCUGGUAGUCCCGGUUCAGGAAGCGGUAGCUCUGGUUCAGGCACUUCCGGUUCUGGCAGCUCUGGUCCAGGCAGUUCCGGUUCUGGAAGUGGUAGCUCUGAUUCUCCUUCUGGAUCCGGCAGCUCAGGAUCUAGCAGCAGUAGCUCUGGUUCUGGCUCUGGGUCCUCUUCUGGUGCCUCUAGCUCUGCUGUUGGUACUGCUAGCUCUUCUGGUAUUCCCGUUACUGCUGGUGCCGUCAAGCAGACUAGCACUUCUAUGGCACUUGUCGCUGCUAUCGCUGUUAUCGCUUCCCUCUUCUAG